CAUUUCAGCGUUCCACCGCUCUGCUGGCGCGGCGAGCGGAACCGAUCCAUGGCAGCAGCGGCCAUGCUGGAGGCGGAGCGAUCGCGCAGCCUUCGGUUCCGUGCGCCGCCACCGACUCCGAUCGCCACCGGGAAGGGCCUACGAUCCUCCGCCGUCGAUGAUCGCCUGCUCAUGGAGUACCUCGAGGUCUCGCUCCGCGUCCCCGACCUCAGUCUACCGGAUCUCUAUUUCCCUGUGCAGUCGCCUCUCAAAGCCCCAGAGGAGGUUGACCUCCCGUCGCUCCUCGCCGGGGACGAUUCUGCUGUUAGGAGAGUGCUUUCGGCGGCGGCGGAGGUUGGGGCGGUGCGGGUGACUGGCGUCGAUGCGGCGCUGAUUCAGGGUGCGAAGGAGGCUAUUGAAGCAGGCGGCUCGUUGUUCGCACUUCCGGAACAGGAGAAGAGUCGCGUUUCGUUGUUUGGGCGGAGAGAUGGUGUAUGCGACGAGUUUUAUUGGCAUCGAUUGCCGAGCCCUGAAACGGAGCAGCUCCUCCGGAAAAUCUUGCCUGACUCUUACCGGACUCUAAGAAUCAAAAUGGAGAAUAUUUCUGCUAGGAUGGAGACUAUUGCAGAGUGCAUUACCAAGAUUCUCUUCAAAGGUGCUACAAGUCAAACAACCUCGAGGAGAUUUGACAUUGUUCAGCCGGUCCUCUGCUUGAGAAAGUAUGAAUCUCCUCACCAAAACGACACGAGGGAUUUAACUGAUGCAGACUCGCUUCUCUCUUAUGCUUUGUGUCUCCACAUUUGUGCACAUGAUGAGAAUUUUUGCAUCCGUCGACCGGAGGGCUCAUCAAUUUUCAAAAUGUCAGCUUGGGACGUACUAGUUACAAUUGGAAAACCAUUUCAGGAUUGGUGCAAUGGAGAGUUCAAGACUGCCCUCGGGCAGAGGAUAUUUCGACCGACAGAUGACCCGACUCAAUCAUUCUCCCUAGAGUACAUGUGUUCUCCUCAGGUAUUGUCACCUGAGCCUGACUACGGAGCAAAGCCUGUCUCUUUAAUGGAUCAAAUACUAGUAGUGAUUGUUCUUGCUAUACUAUACAAAGUCUGGCUUUGCAUUUUCUCCUAGCUCUCAUCUUGUGUGCUUCUUUUGCUUCUACGAAGGAGCCGCAUAGGCUUGCGGCUCCAUAGUGUUACCCACAUCGACGGGGAUCGAGUGGUCAUACCAGAAGAUUUGCAGCCUGCAAAGGCAAUCAAAGGCCAAAUAUUGGUCGAAUACACAAAAAGCUUGGGCCAGGAAUUUGAGUGUUGGUUUGAAUUUGUGUGCUCAAGUUACUUCAUUUGUUUUGUUUUGUUUUGCCUCUGGAAUGAGGUGGCCAUUGCCUUUACUCUGCCCAAAUGAGUGAUUUAGAGGAUGCUUCUCCUAUCCUCGUGUAUUACUGUCAUGUAAAUUUGAUGGUUUGAUUUAUACAUCUCUCUUUUUUUUGGCUA